AUGACAUUGAGACUAGGCCAAACAACGUCAGAUCAGAGAUCCGAAGCUGCCCACAGGGUGAACCGUGACGAGCCAAGUCAUUCCUCGAGGGAGCAAGUAAGUCCGGAUCCAGAGUCCGUCUCAAAACAUAUCCAAGUUAGGACAGGGUUGGAUCGACUGGCUAGAUUCAAAGCCGGAUCGUCUGCAACUAUUGCAUUGCCAGGAACUGAGUGUCCACUCGACCCUCCACCACACCCUGUAUUGCCAGGAACUGAAGAGUUUCCGCCCUCCUUGCUAACUCCAGAACCUCCACCGGAUCCUGUGCUGCUAAUCUUGGCAAUCGUUUCCAUGUUUCUUGCCGUAUCUUUGCAUUUCUCUAAGGAGUACUGCAUUCCAAAACCAUCAGAUAUGGGUUGGACACUCAAGAGUGAUGCCCGUGCUCAUCAUGAUCAUCUUGCAUUGGUUGUCCUCUUCAAAACUUUGCAAAAUCACGCCGUGGAUAUCAAUGCACGAUCACAACGAUUGAGCAGCACUACUUCCCUUUCCAUUUUAAGAAAGGGUUAAUAACCUGCCCUUAACAGCGGUGAAUCGUGUUGCUAAUUGUCAUGAGGUUAAUACCAAUCAAACAUCAGAAGGGGUUGCUUUCUUGCCGUAUCAUUUUCCCUCUUAUCUUUACAUCAUA